AUGGCGCUUCCGAUCGGGUACAUGGAACCCUUGCAUUACAUCCAACCGUCAGCACUUGUUGAGAUCCUGCGUAAUCCACAUGCACCUGGUAAACGUCCUGUAAUCAUUGAUGUGCGUGAUACGGACUUUGCUGGUGGCCAUAUCCGUUCAGCAGUGAAUAUUCCAGAGGACAAUUUCAUGGACGACGACGACGUGGACGCCCUCGUAAAUAAGUACAAGGAGGAAGACAUCAUUGUCUUUCACUGUAUGAUGAGCCAAGUGCGUGGACCUUCCUGUGCCAAGAGAUUUAAAGCCCGGAUGGAGGUUCUGCUGGAAGAUAAACACAAACCUCGAGUGCUCAUUCUUCACGGUGGCUACGAACGUUUCGGCAGUAUCUACAAGAACGAGACCGAUCUCAUCGAAAUGGACGACUGA